UGCCACGCUCUGAACUUCACACCGUGUGCUCAUUUGUUAUUCUGCCGACGGGAAACACAUUCACGCUGUAAGUUCAACUCUCCGGUGUCUUCGGGUUUGAACAUAUUAGUGAAAAUGUCGGAAGCUUUGCUGCAGUGGUGUGUGGACCAGCUACACCAUAAGUUCGGACUGGAGGCGAGCGAAGACAUCGUCCGGUACAUUCUAUCCAUCGAAAAAGCCGAGGAGAUGGAGGAGUACGUGGGCGACCUGCUGCAGGGCGCAGACGGCAGGAAAGGGCUGUUUAUAGACGAGCUCCUCAGCAGAUGGAAGAAGACUCAGAGACAGGCCACGGAUAACGGAAGUCUUUUCCUUCUGAAGGAAUCUGUUCCAUCAGCAGAUGCACAAGACAUGACCAAAGAUACUCAGAAGAAGUCUAAACGUAAGGGCCGUAACAAGCAGGAGAUGAUGACCGUGAGCCCAACAGAACCUGAACCAGAGGCAGUUAAAACCCCCAUCGAUCUGAUGAGGGCCCAGGAGAGCAGCAGCACUUCUUCAACAAAGAAGAAGACUAAGUUUGUGAACCUCUAUGCUAAAGAGGGCCAGGACAAGCUGACUGUCUUACUGCCGGGUCGAAAUGCCUGCGACUGCCUCGCACAAAAGCACAAACUGAUCAACAACUGCCUGAGCUGUGGCCGCAUCGUGUGUGAGCAGGAGGGCUCUGGACCCUGCCUCUUCUGUGGAAACCUGGUCUGCACUAAAGAAGAGCAGGAGAUCCUCUUAAGAGACUCCAAUAAAAGCCAGAAACUGAGGAAGAAACUCAUGGGAGAUGGAGAAAGAGAGUAUUUCCCACGCCAAGAGGCCAGGAUGAAGGCCGGCUUGGAGAAGGCUCUUCAGCACAAAGACAAGCUGCUGGAGUUUGACAGGAACAGUGUCAGGAGGACGCAGGUUCUGGACGACGAGUCCGACUACUUUGCCACCGACUCCAAUCAGUGGUUGUCACCCAGCGAGAGAGAGAAGCUGAGGAAGCAGGAAGAGGAGCUGCGAGAACUCCGUCACGCCUCCCGCAAGGACAGGAAGAUCACGCUGGACUUCGCCGGCAGACAAGUGAUCGAUGAGGGAAGCAACAUGAGCGACUACUACAAGAAGUUGGAUGAGACCCUCAAGGCGAUGAACAAUGACUCGGUGUCAGAAUCACCGAUGUAUUCUGAAGGAAAAGGUGGGAAGCAGAGCUUGGGACAGCUGGUGAACCCCAACAUAAUGCAUGCAGCUCCAGAGUGGGUGGAUGUUGGAGGCGGUGAAAGCCGCAGGAGAGCGACGGAGCAGGAGAAGAGGCCAAAAGAGGACAAGGGAGGUGAAGAACGUUCCAGGUUGCGACUCCAAGACAAAGAGCUGCAGGAGAUGUGCGAUGGGGGCUGGUGCCUCAGCAUGCACCAACCGUGGGCCUCCCUGCUGGUCAAAGGCAUCAAGAGGGUGGAAGGACGGACCUGGUACACGUCACACCGAGGCCGUCUUUGGAUCGCAGCCGCAGCCAAGAAGCCCACCGAUCAGGAGGUCGCUGAGGUGGAAGCCAUGUACCGCCACAUCUACAGGAAAGAACCCAGGUUUCCUAAAGAUUAUCCCACCGGCUGCUUGUUGGGCUGCGUCAACGUGACCGACUGUCUGCCUCAGGAGCAGUUCAGACAACAGUUCCCUGAUACCUGUGAGGAGUCGGCUUCUCCAUUCGUCUUCAUCUGCACCAACCCCCAGGAGCUGCUGGUGAAAUUCCCCAUGAAAGGGAAGCACAAGAUCUGGAAGCUGGAGAGUCACUAUCACCAGGGAGCCAAGAAGGGUCUGGUCCCGUCAGCUGCAGACUGACGCUGGAGGAGGAAGAAAACUGUUUUCCACCAACAUUUUAUCAGGAGUUACCAUCUCUGACACAUUACCACACCCAGCUGUCAUUUAAAACAGAAAAACUUAUGUAAUCACUGGGACAAAUUUCUACGAUAAAAACACAUUGAGAUUAAACUUUCAUUUGUCGAAAUGAGGAAUAA